AUGACGAGGGGCCAAGCAGAAGCGUGCCUGACGGAUGCUGGACUCAAAUCCAUCAUUCCGAAGCUGGAUACCUGGGGUGUGCACGAGUUGGAGGACUUGCUGAUCCUGGAAGACACUGACGUGCAUGCAACGGACUUGAAUGUGGUGGAGAAGCGCAAGCUCAAGAAUCUACUGCAGAAGCUACGGGGAGGCAGUCUCUUGUCGGCCGCGGCUUGUCCCCUGAUGGAGCCUCCUUCCCCAGUGCAGACGAUGUGCAGCUCUGUCGCUUCCAGUGGUGGUGGCACCUGGCACUUGGCAGGCAAUCACGAUUCCCAGAUGGAUGGUUCAUGGCUGGUGGAGGACUCUGAUUUCACAACAUCCGGCCUUUUCAGCAGCUUGUGCCAGCAAGCAGUGAAGCCAGGCAGCUUCGAGGUGCCAUGUUUCAUUAUCACCGGAGGCAUGCCAAAGCUGCAGGAAGUGAGAAAGCUGUAUCACCGCCCAGUUCACUGGAGAAUGAAACCAGAUGACGGCUGGAAGUUUAUGACCAUGGAGUUUCCUGGGCCCAAAAGGUUACAAGAGCUGCAGGACUCAGUCGAGCGGUACCGGAAGCCAGGCUUCGAGCACAAUGGAAGGCGCUACUACUUCGUGUGCUCGAGUAAACCUGCAAAGUAUCCUCGUGGUCCUACGGCCUGGCUGGCAAGCCCCCCAGGCGAUGGGGGCCUCGGUCAAAUCGGCGAACUUAUCGGCUUUGCAGACAGUCUUGUCUUGGAGAAGAAGACAAAUGAGAUGCCGUACCCAAGAUUCCGAUUGAGAGCCCGCGGCAAGCAGCUGUUUUCCAGCAUCAUUGCCACAAUUUCGGCAGCGGCUGUCACGAUACAACUUCAGAAGAGCUUCGAAGAAGAAGGUGUUCGAGAUGAUGGAGCUGGCGAGGCCGAUCCCGAGAUUCUACAAGCCCUGGCUAACGCUUCAAACGCUCGUCAGGAGGAGAGCGGCCGUUCUCGAUCGAUCCCCGCCUCCGCACAAAUCCGGUGUGGAGGUCUCAAGGGCAUGCUGCUGGGCACGAAGCGCCUUGCAGGGACCGGCAGCGUGGAAGUUCCAGAGAACAUGUUGAAGUUCGGGCCCAAGACGUUCGGUGCCGAGCAACUGUCGGUGGUGAGCUUCAGCAGAGUUCGACCCACAUCUCUGGGUUUGGAUGCCGUGCUUCGCCUGGAAGCUUGCGGAUGCAAGGCUGAUACGUUCCUGAGGCAGCACCAGCAAUGUCUGAAAAAGAUCGGUGGAAUGAGGCGGGAAGACGUAUUCGGUCAGCUCUAUUUUGCAGAGUAUGAGCACGACCCAGAGUUGGAGGCAGAGGACGAACACUCUGCAGAGCUCACAAGCAAGCACUACAUCGGAACAUUCCUGGAUAUGUUGAUUGCUGGCUAUGACCCAAAUCAGCACCCGUUGUUGGAGGUUAUUCUGCGCCAGAAAGAAUCGGCUUUGAGAAGAGCCAAAAGGCAAGUGCGUGUUCGAGGUUGCUGGUCUGCCCGUGGUCACCCUGAGCCUCGAGAAUCUCGUGCCGAGGACGAGAACCCACUGCUAAGAGACAAUGAAGUCUUCUUGAUGGUACCCUGUGACGUCGAGGAGACUGGUUGGAAGGCAUUGACCGGCAAGGUGAUUGUCAACUACUUGUCGGACCGAGAUCCCUACGCACUGAGGUUGGCUGUGGCAAAGGACUCACCAGCUUUGCGUGCCAAGUGUGAGCCCGGUGUUCUCUUUUUCUCCAGGGUGGGAUGUCCACUCCAAAAGAAUCUCUCGUGGGACUUCGACGGUGACUAUUUCCAGAUCAUCACAGACGAAGAGGUCGUGAACUCUUUCUCAGGCAGCACAUUGCCAAUGCCUGAGCCUGAGUACGAACAUGGGGAUCUCAACGAAACGCCUGUGGACACCUGGGCGGACGUGAAUGCACACUUUCUGUCCGAGUACCUUCAGAAGGAUCGCAUGGGCCUUCUGCAUUACCAGUGGCAGCUGAUCGCAGGACGAGGUCCCCAAGCAGCGUGCUGCACAGAGGCUCGGACGGUGGCCGCAGCAUAUGCAAAGUCGCUGGAUGUGGAAAAGGGCAAGCGAUGCCCCAAGCAAAAUCGGUUCGGAAAAGCCACGAAGUGGGACUUCAUGAAUGAUGGAGACCCGCACAAUCCCUCCCCAACAGCCGCUGGCAAGUGCUUUCGUGCUGCAAGCAGAGCCGAACAGGAAUUCAAAGAAGCCGUGAGGGACCCAGCACGAAGCCUUGGGAAGGAUCCUGAUCUUGACAAGGCUUGGCAGCUGAUGGAGCAGGAGCUUGGGAAGGAGCUGUGCCAGCGAAUCAAGGCUUUGGCAAAGAAUGUGCGCAAGGAGUUCCUCGAAAGAGUUCGGGCCGAGUGCGACGCGGCGGAGCGUGUGGCACGGGACAAACAUCCUUAUUCUUCUGGUGAGAUGGUACUCAAGGAAGAGUGGAUUUGGGAACUCCGCAGCCGGACCGCGGAAAGGGCCGAGGAGUUGACCAGCCAGAAGGAGAUUGGCUUGACGUUCCUGACGCAGGUUGCCGUGGCAGGAUGGCAUCUGAAGUAUGUUGAUGAGAAUGUCUCUUCACAGGAAAGAGAUCCGAACCCGAGCUUCCCAUGGACAUUGUUCAAGCAGGAGUUGACUGCACUCAAGGACCACUACCAGCCGUGCCCGAUGAGCGAGCUUCAGCGAAACCACCGGCUCUUUCGGAAGCUGCAAAGGAGUGCGGCCAAAGAGCUCCAGGACAAGGUGGGGGAGGCCCUUGAUGGUUUGAAAUUCGACAUGAAGUGCAAGGAAUGCUCCCGGGAUAGAGAGAUGCUCCUGGCAAGUCUUACGACUCACGGCAGCUUCUCGGAGACAGUCGCAGCAGUAAAAGACGUUUCAGGACGUGGUGAGCUUAUCAAGGUUGACAUCUGUGAUCUCCGGUACUGCAAAGACUCCAUUUCUGACGUCUUUGACCACGGGCCGCACGCGGGCAUGAAGCUCCAAGACUUGGUUCAGAAACUGCUGAGGGAAGGGCCUGCAAGCGACUUGGAGCUGACUGCUCUCAAGUUUCACGGGCAUCUCUAUGUGAUCGAGGGGAACAAGAGGUUAUGGUGCUUGAAGGAAGCGCAAAAGGAAAUGAACCAGAAGAUCGAGGUAUCGGUGCGUGUGCCUAACCUCUACCUGGGCUUCGUUCAGCGCCAAGACCGCAAGGAGCCAGCCCUGCCAUAUUUUCUGCAGAGGUUCAACCCCCGCUCGAGAGGCCUCAACGUUGUCUUGCAGCACGAGCAACAAUGCACCACUGAACAAGGCUGCGCGGCAGGGGCAGCUUGCCAAACCAGCAUUCCCGCAGUCAGCGAGCGCGCUGAUCUGCAGGAUGCCGGCAAGACAAUACUUCGAUGCUCGAAGCACAGGGGCUGCACAUUUGCUGAAGCUUAUCAGAAACCCGGUUUCGCGAAAUGGGUGAUUGAAAAUAUUGACGACAGCAGCGAUGCACGCAUGCAGGAGCUUAAAGCAUACUUUGCCGCUUGCCGCGCAUGUGCUCAUCAACCACAAGAUUCGUAUCCCCGGGCUACUGUUCCCACUGUCAACGAGCGGGCUACUGUUCCUACUGUCAACGAUCGUGCAGACAUGCAGGAUGCCAGCAAGACAAUACUUCGAUGCUCGAAGCACAGGGGCUGCACAUUUGCUGAAGCUUAUCAGAAACCCGGUUUCGCGAAAUGGGUGAUUGAAAAUAUUGACCAGAACAGUGAUCCACGCAUGCAGGAGCUUAAGGCAUAUUUUGAAAGUUGA